AAAGAAAAAAAAUAAGCCCUUUAAACACAAAAGCGCACCUCUUUUCAUCUUUCUUCAAAAUCACAUGUUCUUCCAGAUUUACCCCAAAACGACCCCUAUCUUCCUUCUUCAAACCCCCAAAAAUCUCUCCCCCUGGCCUCCCUUGUAAUUUCCCUCAUUUUCGAUCCCAUUCUCCCAACCGCCCCCGCUUCCACUCCUCUGAUCUAUUCUCUCCGUCCAUCGUUUCUUCUCCUUCCCCGUUAGGGUUUCCACCGCCUUCACUCCUAUUCUAGGCAAUUAGGGUUUCCGGUAUCAUUUUCAUGUCCGUUUCGAGAAUCGAUGAUAGUUUUCUUCUUUGAAGAUUCGAGAUUAGGGUUUCUUUAUAUUGUAUGUUGAUUUUAGAUUAGGGUUUCAUUUUUUAUUCGGAGACUUUUUUGUUUUAUUUUAUUUUACUUUCAUUUUCCGGUCAGGGUUUUUUUUGAGUUCUCAUAGUUGGCGUCGGUGAUGCCGCGAAGUUCAAGGCACAAAUCAAGCAAGCAUAGUUCUAGGGAUGCUAGGGACUACUCAGAUUCGGAGAAAGAUUCGGGCUUAAAGGAGAAGGAAAAGAAGACUAAGGAGGAGAGCGGUGGUAGGGUUUCCAAGGAGUCGGGAUCUUGUGAGAAGAGAAAGCUUGACACGAAGGAGACCAGUAAAGACCUCUGGAGUUCGGGGAACGGCGAGUAUGUGGAGGAGUACGGUUCCUUAAAGCGGCGCAAGGAUAAGGCAGAUGAUGGAGUCAGCGACAGGUGGAAUGGCGGUGAGGAUGAUGGUAGAGGAGAGAAGAAGUCGAAAGCUUCUAGCGAAUCAAAGAGUAAGAGACGAGAGGAGGUGGAAGGAGAUGAUGCAAAAAAGAGUAAGAGUGAGGGGAAGCAUCGAGAGUCCAGUAGAAAGGAGGAAAGGGAGAGAGAGAAGAAAGGUAAAGAAAGCAAGGGUGAUAGGUUGAUUGAGAGUGAAGAACAUCGAACUGUAAAACAAUCUGCUGAGAAAACUGAGUUGGAUGUACCGGAUCGUUUGCUAAGUCCUGAAUCUGAGAGCCAGCUUGAGAGACGACUUAGGAAAAGGAGAGAUGAUUCUGGUGAUGGGGAUAAGCAUCAGGAAGAUAGUGGAGACAUUCUAGAUAGACAAGUAUCAUUAAGGAAUGAAACUGGCAAGGAUGGAAGAACAAAAGAUGAGAAGCACAAGGAUGAGAGAUACAGAGACAAGUAUCGAGAAGACACGGACCGCGAUGACAAGUACCGAGAUGAUAAAUUGAGAGAUGAGCGACCAGCUAGAGAUCAUACUAAUAGUAAGUUUAGUGAGAAGCAUGCAAGGGAUGAAAAAGAUGCUGUGGAAGUUCGCCAGAAGAAGUCCAAGGUUCAAGAUGGUGAUCGUGAGCGUGAUCAUGACCAUGAUAGAGAGCGUGAUCGUGAUAGGGAGCGUGAACGCGAUAGGGACCGUGAUCGUGAUCGAGAUCGAGAACGGGAUCGUGACUUGGAUUUGGGACAUGAUCGAGAGCGUGAACGUUAUCGUGAUCGUGACCAUUAUAGAGAACGUGGCCGCAAUCGUGAUCAUGACCGUGACCGUGAUCAUGAUCGUGAGUGGGAUCAGGACCGAGAUCAUGAUCGUGAUCGAGAACGUGAACGUCGUGACAGUGAUCGGGACAAGGAUAGAGACCGAGAUCGUGACCGUGGUCGAGAUGUUGAUCAUGACCACAAUGGGUUACAUCUUGAUGAACGGAGUGGUAGAUACAAAGAUAGCAGGGGAAGGAAGAGAUCUCCUGAUGAUCGAGAUGAUGGCAUUGAUACUAAAUCUAGAGGUAUCAAAGCACACUAUUCUGACAUUGAAAACAAAUCAUUGACUAGUGGCAGAGUUGAGUUUGAUGCUGAUAGGGGAAGGUCACAGUCACGCCAAGCUAAUGUAGAUUCUACUGUGGGCAGCAACAAAAGGAGGACUUCUCCCAGCCCGAGUUCCCAUGUUAGCACUGAUGAGUAUAGACAUUUGAAACAGGAAGAUUCAAAGUAUAGAGACUCAAUGACAGAGCAGAGGUCCAGAGCAGCUUCAUCGAGAGAGGUAACUAGUUUUUCUGGGGCAUCUGAGAGAGGCGCUAAGUACAGAUCCAUGGAGAAAUCAAGUAGACUGGAUGAGGGCCAUUCUGGGGAGUUGCCAAUUGAGAGGUCUUCGAGUUCAAAAGCUUCCCCAAUGAAUAUGAUGGAAAGAUCUCCUUCUUCAACAAGUCUUGAGCGUAGAUAUAUGAAUAGAAGUGGUGUUAGGCGGAGCCUUGACAUAGAGGAGGCAGCAUGGAGGAGCAGUGCCUCCAUAGGUGGCAGAGAAUUAUCUUCUGCUGAGGAUAGACUAAGUCGAGACUUACCUCCUGAGAAGCCUCUUUUGGAUGAGUCCUCUCAAGCGGAUUCAGCCUUUUAUAAUAGAGCUGGUCAGGGCAACUCAUCUUUGAUUCCGCAGCCACCUGGUUUCAGAGCUGGAAUUGGCAGCCCGUCUUUCAUGGGUUCUUUGGAAGAAGAUAAUAGAAUUAACAUCAGUGGUCGUUACAAGAGGAGUGGUGAUCUAAAUGUUGGAAGGGGGCAAGCAAAUGCUUGGCGGGGCACCCCAAACUGGCCAUCACCCGUUCCAAAUGGCUUCAUCCCAUUCCAACCUGGGCCACCCCAUGGUGGUUAUCAAGCAAUGAUGCCACAGUUUCCAUCUCCAUCUCUGUUUGGCGUUAGACCUGCAAUGGAAAUUAAUCACUCUGGGAUUCCAUUUCAUAUUCCUGAUGCUGAAAGGUUUUCCAACCAUUUGCGCCCAAUGGGCUGGCAGAAUAUGAUGGAUGGCUCUGGUCCACCCCAUAUGCAUGGUUGGGAUGGAAAUAAUGUUGUUUUUAGGGAUGAAGCACACAUGUAUGGGGGACCUGAGUGGGAUCAGAAUAGGCAUCCAAUGAAUGGUCGGGGAUGGGAUACUAGUUCAGAUGUGUGGAAAGGACAAAAUGGUGAUGCUGACCUGCCCUCAACAUCUCAGAAAGAGGAUCAUCCUGUGCAGGCCCCUCCUGAUGAUGUUUAUGAUGGACAGGAACGUCAGAGGUCUCAACAUGAAAGUAGCCAUAGCGGUGUUCAGGUGAAAAGCCUUGAAAUAAGAUCUGAUGUUGUGUCCCCGGUGAAAGAAUCUUCUAGAUCUUCACCUGAGAUUCCACAUGAGAAGGCACCUGAUUCUUCCAAAAUAUCAAGUGAUAAGGAUGGUGCUCAUUCUUGUCAGGUUUAUUUAUCUAAGCUUGACAUUUCAACUGAACUUGCUGGUUCUGAGUUGUAUGAUCAGUGUAUGAGCUUACUGAAUGCGGAGCGAAGUAAAGAUUUGGUUAAAGAUGUAACAAUGCUUGUGGAUUUGAAGAAUGGUGGACGAGCAGUACAAAAGGCUUCCAUUGCUGUGCUGAGCCCUCCACUCAUUCCUGCAACUAAUGUUUCUGUUUUCCAGAAAGCCAUGGACCUCUACAAGAAGCAGAGGCUACAAAUGGGUGCUAUGCUGAAUGACAAUGGUGGAAUGUUGAAAUUUAUUUCAGCGUCCAAUCAGGAGAAGGAGCAAAGUUCUGAUCAUGUUGUAGAAGAUACAGAGGAGCAAGCUUUGAUUUCUGAUGCAGAAAUGCUGGAUGUGGCAAUGCCGAAUUCAGAUCAGCAGAAGGAAGAAGCUGUUCCAACUGCUGCUCAGGAGAAUAAGGAGCAGCCAGUUUCAAUUCAAAGUGGGGAGCUGCCAGAUCAUAUGGAUAGCCUUUCUCCAGAAAAAUCAGAACUUCCCAACACUGAUUUAGGUCACAGGAGCCCAGAGGUGCUUAAACCAGUUUUGAAUGGCAUUGAGGCAGAAGAGAUGGAGUCUGAAUGGGAAAGUUUAGAAGCUGACAAUGCAUCAGAGGCUGUUGUUUUGUCCACUGAUGUUGAAAAUUCAAAUGAGAUAAAUAAAACUGAAGGUGAUAAUUCUGUCUAUUGUGGCAAGGAAAGACAGGUUUUUGAUGAUGCAAUUAGUGGUUCAUUAUUUUUGUCAGAUGGUUCUCCUAAGGUAUCUGGGGAUUUGAUUCCUGGGUCGAAUGAGUCUGAGUUCGUAAUUUUAAGUCGGAUACAUCAUUCUCCUGAAAGUACACAUUGAGACAAUUUCUAUAUCCAUGUUCUUUAAUGUGCUUUUUGUUAAUUUAUUUUUUUUUUCUUUUUCUGUUUUUGUUGCCUAUCUUAUUAAGGAAAUAAAAUGAGAUAUGCCAUUGGGUUUCCUGGAUUAGGCAUCCUAGCA